AUGUGUGUGAUGGAUCUACUCACUGAAACAGGAGUGCUUGGAUGUAAGCCUAUUGACACACCCAUUGAAAUGAAUCACAAGUUGUGUGAAGACAUGGACCACUUGACAACCAACAAGGAACAAUACCAGUGCCUUGUUGGAAAGUUGAUAUAUUUGGCAUACACAAGACCAAUUGUACUUGAAGUCAACCCUGGGAAGAGAUUAAUAUUCCCAAAGAAUGGAAAUCUCGAAGUUGUUGGAUAUACAGAUGCUGAUUGUGCUGGUUCCAUUACAGAUAGCUGUUCUACAUCGGGUUACUUUACAUUCGUUGGAGGUAACCUAGUCACUUAG